AUGACUUUACAGAAUUUAGUAGAUAUAUCUGAUAAACUAGUAAUCAAAUCACAAGAGACUAUAUUACAAUUAGAUCUUUGGAUGAAACAGAAAAAAUGUCAAGAUGAAAUAACGGGACAAAUUUUUGAAGAUGAAUAUACUUUAUUUAUUGCACAAUUAAAUUCAUUAUUUAUUAGAUCAAAAUAUGUUAGAGAUAAAUUAAAUCAAAAAUUAGAAAAUUUUAAUAGUAAUAAUAGAGCUUCUUCAACAAUGAUUGAAAAUCCGGAUGAUUAUGUUAAACAUUUAGUCUUUGAAUAUAAAGAUAUUACAGAUAAAUUAAAUAAAUUAUCACAGCGACAAAGGAUAAUUGUUAAUACUAAUUCAUCUCCAAGUUCUCAAACAACUGAUAGUUCUAAUGAUUCAUUUCAACCAAAACCUUUGAAGAUUUAUUCAAGACAAAGAGAUAGUUUAUUAUUAGAAAUUGACCAACCAAUAUCAAAUACACAAAAAAAUAAUGGAAAAAUAUCAGACCAAUUAAUAAUACCAAAAAAUACUUUUAGGAGUUUAUCUUGUCAUAAUUCUUUACCAAGUUCUCCAAUUAAAUCAAAAAACGUUCAAUCAUUUAUUGAUACUAAUAAUCAUAAAUCAUCAUCUCAUUUUUUAAAAGAAAAAACUUUAAGAUCAACAAAAUCUUAUACUGAUGGUUUAAAUAUUACAAAAUCAGAAGAAAGAAAAAAUUCAAAACACAUUGAUAAUGAAUACCAAAGAUUAUUUAAACAAAAAAAUAGACUCUCUUUAUCAUUAGUCGGUGAAGAAGAGGAAUAUACAAGAACUAAUGAAAGUCAAGAUGCGGAUAUAGAUUACGAUAGUGAUGAUUACAAUGAAUAUAGUAAUUAUGAUUCUGACCAAAACACUAUUAUGCAAUGUAAUAGUCCUAUCAUCAAUACUAAUUCAAAACAACAAUUAGAGCCUCUAAGACGUUAUAAUUCUCAUGAGAGUAUAUUAUCUACAAGAAAUUCAAUCCUAUUGGAGAAAAAAUCAAAGCCAUUAAAAUUUUCAAUGUUCUCUACAAGUUAUAAUAAUCCAACUACAGCUAUUUCUGGAAGUGUACAAAUUAAUUCUAAUCCUAUUUUUGCUAGAACAUCAAUUCGUACAUCGACUACUGCACAUUCUCAACCAGUUACUCAAAGGAUACGAUCAACAGAUUUAUUACACUCAGUUAUGAAAGAUAUGAACACACAAAUUAGAACAGCAACCAAUGAUGAACCUCAAAAGCCAACUAAAUCAUCAUUUUUCGAUAGUUGGAACGUUUUCAAUAGGUACCCACUUUCUUUAACAUCAGAAGUAGGUAAGGAUGAUCUCAAUAACGUUAUUCCUUCUAAUAUAACUAGAAAGAGCAAUAUUCAAACAUUUAGAAAGCAAGUAUCAAAUGAUACUAUUGUAAUAUCAACAGUCAUUUCGACAACUCCAAAUCAAAAGCAACUGAACCACAGAAAUCCAUUUAGUAAUAAUGCAUAUUGUGAUUCUAAUCACAGGAAACAUAAAGAUACAACGCAAUGUUUAUCUACGAAUUUCAGUGAAUAUACUUUAGAAAGUCAUAAAAAUGUUAAAUUUUCAGAUUUACAUGAAGCUUUGGAUACUGAAUUAAUCUUGUAA